AAUAAUUAGAGCCGAACAGAGGCGCCUCCGAAGUGGUCACAAACAACAUGGCGGCGGCUACAGCAAGGUGUCGGCUCUUAAGGCCAUUAUAUUUCCACUAUUUCCGCCGCACCCCGAGAAUAACAACGAGUAUAACACACACACCGACAGCUUCCUUUGGCACUGCGGGAAAGACUACCGGGCCCCUGUACCUGCCGGUGGUCCUCUGCCAUGGCACUGUGGGGGAGAGGGUGCCAGGAGUGCCGAGGGUGUGUGUCAGGGCCCUCCACACCUCCCGGCCGGCUCACAGACUGAUGCCGUUCCUCCUGGCGGAUAUUGGGGAGGGUAUACAAGAGGUGGUGAUCAGAGAGUGGUUUGUCAACGAGGGGGACACAGUGGCCCAGUUUGACAGUAUAUGUGAGGUACAGUCAGACAAGGCCUCAGUCACCAUCACCAGCCGCUAUGAUGGGGUCAUUAAGAAGCUACACUAUGAGGUGGACGACACUGCGCUGGUCGGCAAGCCACUCGUCGAUAUUGAGGUGUCCAAGGAAGAUGAUGCCGUGGGGGCGGAGGUGCAGGAGGGGGAGGCCAUCUCUGUAGGGCGACCAACAGGGGGCUCAACGGGGCAGAGUUCAAAUUUCACCCUUCCCCGCGGCAAAGUGCUCACCACCCCUGCUGUGAGGAGGAUGGCAGCUGAACAUAAGAUUAACCUGAAUGACGUACAGGGCAGUGGGCGUGACGGGAGGAUAUUGAAAGAGGACCUGCUGCAGUAUAUCGAGAAGAGGACCCAGAAGACGCCCCCUGGUGCAGCCCCCCAGCACACCCCCACCCCUGCCCCCACCCCGGCCGUCACUAAGCCGCCCACCCCGCCACCAGCCGCUGCCCCGCCCCGCCUGGCCCCGUCCCUGCCCGUGGUGUUGGGCCAGGACAAGACUGAGGUCAUCAAAGGGUUCAGAAAAGCCAUGGUCCGCACUAUGACCCAGGCCAAUCAAAUCCCUCACUUCUGCUACUGUGACGAGGUGGACAUGACUGCCUUGGUGGGGCUGCGGGGACAACUGAAGGCCACAGCAGAGGCUCACGGCAUCAGGCUCUCCUACAUGCCCUUCUUCAUCAAGGCCGCCUCCAUCGCCCUCUCUCACUAUCCUCUGCUCAAUUCCUCCGUGGACGAUAAGUGUGAGAAUAUUACAUACAAGGCCAGCCACAACAUAGGGCUAGCCAUGGACACCAGUGAGGGUCUAGUGGUGCCCAAUGUGAAGGGUGUGCAGGGCCUCACACUCCUGGAGGUGGCCGCUGAGCUCAACCGCCUGCAGGAGCUGGGUGUGCGGGGAAACCUGACCACUCGCGACAUCACCGGAGGCACUUUUACUAUCUCCAAUAUUGGUUCGAUCUCCGGCACUUACGCUAAGCCAGUCAUUCUACCUCCUGAAGUGGCCAUUGGUGCUGUCGGCAAGAUUCAGGUGUUGCCGCGGUUCGACUCGUCAGGUAACGUGGUCCGCGCUCACAUCAUGCAGGUGAGCUGGUCAGCGGAUCAUCGCGUGAUUGAUGGAGCAACAAUGGCCAACUUCUCUAACAUGUGGAAGUCAUUUUUGGAGAACCCCAGUAAGAUGGUGCUCCACUUGAAAUGAUGGAGUGGAUAAGUGGAAGGAUAGUGUAUGUGUGUGUGUGUGUGUUUGUAAAUAUGUAGAAGUGGUUUAUUUGGUGGACUUAAUUAAUUUGGUGCUCCACGUGAAAUGAUGGAGUGGAUAAUUGGAUAAGUGGAGGAGUGGUUAAGUGGAAGGAUAGUGUGUGUGUGUCUGUGUGGUUGUAAAUAUGUAGAAUUCAUUUUUAGAGAACUAGUAAUUUGGUUCUCGUGUUAAAAUGAAGUGGAUAAGUGGAUGAAUAUAUAUGUGUGUGUGUGUGUGUGUGUGUGUGUUUGUACAUAUAUGUGCACACAUGUGUGUAUGUAAAUAUGUGACUGCAUUUAAAGUAUACAUGAAAGAGAGAGAAAGAGAUAGGACACAUGUUUUAUCUUACAAGCAUCUGUGUGUGUGUGUGUGUGUGCAUGCGUGCAUGCGUGCGUGCGUAUGUGAUGACCCCCCUGUGUAGCUCUACUAGCAUCAUGUGUGUAGCUUUACAAAUUAAUAUUCAAGCAUGUAGGUCUUCCACCACCACCACCACCACUUCUAAAAGGCUGCAGUGGAUGUUAGUGUGUUAUCCAUGCUUGUUAUUGCUGUUAAUGGGACCGAAACAGAUUCUCUGCGUUAGUGAUAGGAAAAUGGCUUUGGGAAUAUAGCUGAUCAUCUCUGUGGCCUUGGAAAACAGUAUUAGUGAGAGAAAACACUUGUAGAAACCUGUGCCAACCAUCUCGAGACUUUAAGAAUGAUUAUGAGAGGGUUUCUAUAAUUUUUCAGUAUCAGUACUAAAAGAAAACGCAUUCAAAACCUACUUAAUCAUCUCCGUAGCCUUGGAAAACAGUACUUAUUGAAAACACACUUUGAAAUCCGUUUGUAACCUUUAAAGAUGAUAAUAAUGAGGUUUUUAGUUUUCAGUAUCAGUAUUAAAAGAAAACGCACUCAAAAUAUACUUAAUCAUCUCCGUAGCCUUGGAAAACAGUACUUAUUGAAAACGCACACUUUGAAGUCCGUUUGUAACCUUUAAGGAUGAUAACAAUGAGGUUUUUAGUUUUCAGUAUCAGUAUUUAAAGAAAACGCACUCAAAAUAUACUUAACCAUUUUCUCUAGCCUUGGAAAACAGUACUUAAUGAUAAAAAAAACAACUUUAGAAACCAGUCUGUAACCUUUAAAAAUAAUGAUGAGAGGUUUCUACAGUUUUAAAAGGUUUUGUACAGUUAUUUUUCAGUAUUAAAAGAAAACACUCUUAAAAACCCAAUUGGCCAUCUCUAUACCCUUGAAAAACUCCUCUAGAGACCAGUCUGUGAUCUUUAAAAAUAAGAAUGAGAGGUUUCUACAGUUUUAAGAGGUUUUCUACAGUUUUUCAGUAUCAGUAUUAAAAGAAAACUCCCUUAAAAACCCAAUUAGCCAUUUCUGUAGCCUUGGAGAACAGUACUUAUUGAAAACAACGCUCUGAAACAUAGCUAAUAAUCUGUAGCCUUUGGAAAGAGUGGUGGAUGGAGCCUACAGUGUCUUGAAUUGUGCAGGUGGUGGUGGUGGUGGUGGUGGUUAGGCUUACAAUAGAGGAGCCAUCUUAGGUGUAGUGGCAAGGCUGUGGUGUGUAGGCAUAGGUUGUGAUAUGAUCUAGUUUUUCUCUCUAUUGGCCUAUUUAUUUGUUUUAUUGUUUUAUUUGUUUUUUUUUAUUUGUGUUCUUUGUUUUGAGUUUGUAAAAUGAGGUUAACAAAAAUAAGUGGAAACAAGAAAAGAUAAAAAAAAAAAAAAAAAGGACACUUGUUCUCUUUAGGCCUAUGUAUUUUAUUAGUUUAUUUAUUUAUUUUAUUUAUUAUUUAUUAUUAUUUUUUUUUUCUUGUUCUUAGUUCGUAAAGUGAUGGUCUAUAUAUUUUACUUGUUUUGUUUUAUUACUAUUUUAUUCAUUUCUUGUUUUGCGUUCCUCGUUCUGAGUUUGUAAAGUGAGAAAUCAGAGCGACAAAAAUGAAAAAGAAUUUUUAUAUUAUCUAAAAAUAUAUAGAAAAAAAAAAAAAGUUUACUGUUCUGUGCAGUGAGUUAGAAUUAUCUGCCUAUCUGGUGCCAUUGAUGUCGCUGGUCUCAGGUUUACAUUGUCAUAUCAGUCUUUAUAAUUUUCCUUCCCACUCUACCACUGAAAUAAGCUGAAAAAAGAGUAAUUUAUCAGUUUGCGUUAAUUUUUUAAGCUUAUUUUGUGCCAUUUGUAAUAUUAUCAGCUUUGUUUACUGUUUACAUCAUCACAACAUCUUUACAGUAAUGUUUGUAACUCUACCACUGAAAUAAGCUGAAAAAGAGUAAUGUGUCAGUUUACAUUCAUGUAUUAAGCUUAUUUUGUGCCAUUUGUAAUAUUAGGUGGUGGUGUAGUGGAUAAGGUGGUGGUGGUGGGAUCAGGCAGACGUCCACGCAUAGGUUCGAAUCCCAUCAUGUAUGGCCUUGCAACUUUGCCGUUUGUGGAGUGGUUUAAAGUUGGCUACAUGUCACCAGGAUACCUAAAACACCAUUAAAACACCCUAAAAAAACAUCCUUAAAACACCG